CACGAGAAGGGAGUCGAGAACUCGCACCAGAACCUCGACGCCAAGGACGAGAAGUCCAUUGCCAACAAGCUCGACCAGGCCUCCAAGCAGGACAAGCGCCAGGAGCAGGCCGAGCGUGCCAACAACGAGCCCCCCACUUGGGCCGCUGAGAGGCACGGCAACGAGCCUUCCAAGGGAGCCAAGAUCGAUGAGGCUCUCGAGGCUGAGGACCAGGCCAUCCUUGCCAAGAAGGAGGGCAAGAACUAA